AAAAUUUGUCAACAGAUAAUUUUUUGGAAAGCGUGCUUCUGCAUUCAUCACACACAUGUGUUGUGUCUUUGUAUUUAGAAUUAAUUUAAUUUAUAUUUCAUUUUCAAAAUGUCGGAUUCUAUUUCGGGUGAUUCAUCAUCAGCAUCGGCCACAAGUUCAAGUGGUGGUGGUAAAGUAACAUUUAAAAUAACAUUAACAUCGGAUCCAAAAUUACCAUUCAAAGUACUUAGCGUACCGACCAUUGCACCAUUCACAGCCGUAUUAAAAUAUGCAGCCGAAGAGUUUAAACAAAAUCCUGCAACAUCGGCAAUCAUUACCGAUGAUGGUAUUGGUAUAAAUCCAUCACAAACAGCUGGUGAUGUAUUCCUUAAACAUGGUUCAGAACUUCGUCUAAUACCACGUGAUCGUGUUGGUUGGUUACCACAUUUUCAAUGAUUUAGUUAUCAAUUUUUUUUCAACCAAAAAAACCGGAAUUUUUUUUUUAUUUUAAUCAUCCA